AUGACUGAAUAUCAAAGUGAAAUGCUUUCGUGGAACUAUGGGGAUGGAUAUGAAAACGUUGAUAUGGAAAAAAUUAUUCAAGUAUUUCAAGAUUUUGUGGAUAAUAUAACUUUGAAAACAAGUGAGGAAAUGACGAAAUCUGAUGUAGUAUUCCAACAAUUAUUAAACAAGUUUCAACAAGUUCGUGAGAAUGAAGAUAAUCUUCAAGAUCUUAUUCAUGGAACAAUACCAUUAUGUAAUGAAUUUAUUGACACUAUCGAGAAAGUAAAUUUUACUUGUAUGAAUGAUUUUCAAAAUUGUCUCAAAUUAUUUCGUCAUAUUGAAUCUGUUUUUCAAAUAAUUAUUUCGAUGGAAGAUGAAAAGUUUCUCAUACGUGAGAUUUUCUUUGCAUUACUCAACCUACUUUCUAAACCACAAAUUUGUUUCCAUUUAAAUGAUGAUCAACAUACAACAAUACCACACAAAGAAGUUUAUAAAUGCGUAACCAAUCUGCUUUUAAGUUUAGCUUGUCACAAGAUCAUACUUGUUCCAUUUAUGAGUGACGAUAGUACUACACGUAAAUACACUGAUAUAUUCAAUGCCAUGUAUAAACGAGUGGAACGCAAUCUACAGCUUAGUACUCACACUAGACAGCCAACAGUUCCUGAUAAUCAAACAACAUUGGUUAUUUUAUCAUUCUUUUGGAAUCUGUCUGAUAGAACAGUUAUUGUUCCAUGGCUUCUUGAUAUUGGUCUGACGGAAGAUCAUCGAGAUUCAUAUGGCUUCCAUGUAUCUGAACCCUUAGCUGUGUUUACCAAAUUGUUUGUUGAUGAUCGUUCGCUCGAAUAUGUUCUCAGUCAUGCAGAAACUGAUCCACAACUUGAUGUUAUAUCAACAAUUAACUUAUUCAUCGAUUUGUUCAUGAAAUUUCGAGGUGCAUUCGUUGAGAAAAAACAGUUAGAACAGUUUACAUGCACAGCUCUAUUGAACAUUUUAUGGAGUAUCUCAUUUCAAGAUCGAUAUAAAACAAAACUUCAGCAAAACAAAGAUUUUAUGAAGACUAUUACUAGUUUAGCUAUGGAUAAUGGCGAAAAAAUAGUCGAAGAGUAUGUUUCACGUUCAAUGGAAAGCAUGAUAAAAGCUGCUAACGGUAUUCUUUAUAACCUUAAUGAAAUAUCCGAUGAUCAAAAUGCUGAUAUCGCAGAUCGACAAUUAAUCUCUAAUGCUAGCUGUGAAAAACCAAUGAUCAUGAUUAGCUAUGCUCAUAGUAACAAUCAUUUUUGUAAUAAAAUUCUUGCCGAACUCAAGGAAAAAGGAAAUCUGUUUGGAAUUUGGAUUGAUCGAGAUUAUUGCUCGUCAAACGAAGAUUUAUGGGAAAAAAUUGCUCUUGGAAUAAAACAAUCAAAUCUUGUUCUAUGUCUUCUUUCACAAGAAUAUUUCAAUAGUAAAUCAUGCCGUAAAGAAGCUAUUUUUGCAAUCAAACGAAAAAAGUCAAUAAUUCCUGUGUAUAUUGGUGAACCAGGUGAUUGUGAUUGGCUUGACAUUCAUAUUGCUGAAUUGAAAUAUGUUCGUUUCAAAAACAAUACAGAAAAACUUGACCACGAUAGACUUCAAGAACUUUCGAAAACGAUUGAAGCUACAAUUAAAACAACACAAACACAGCCUCUACAACAACGAGCAAAACAACAUACUAUACUAACACGAUCUCCAAAAGAAGCUGAAAUAAUUAAAUCGACUACUUUCGAUGUGAACAAGCCUGUUGAGAAGUGGACAGUUGAUGAUAUUCAUGCAUGGUUUGAUAGUCACAAAGUUCCCGAUACUCUUGUAAAAUUAUUUGAUUUUCAAUCAGUUGCUGAGAUGCACGAAUAUGCUUUGAAACUACGUAAAGGUUCGAAAAAAGAAUUUAUCAAAUAUGAACAACGAUAUGCUAAAAAUCAUGGCGGAGAAGAACUUGAAGAAUACAUAUUUAAUCGAUUUAAAAAUGCUAUUCUCAAGCUACCAAAUAGUCCGAAUCAAACAAUGAAAACAUCAAUAUGUUCUUCUCAAAUAUCAACACCGAAAUCGAGUACUUGUACUAUUUCAUGA